AUGGAUGCUACAGCAGAGCUCCUCAAACGUGAUGCCAACUCUCCAACAAACUACUCUCUCUAUGUCUUGGCUAUCAUUGUUGGUUGCGUGGUGAUUGUCCUUAUCGGAUAUGGCAUCUAUAUGAUGUACCAUGGAACAGAAGACGGAGCAUUCUACGAUAUCGGUUACGAACAACGGAAAUACAUGCGUGAAGUACGACAGAGGAACAUCAACAGUCUAGCCGUUACUGCAAGAAGGCCUGAUAUGAUAGUUCCCGUUGAGGAACUGAAUUAUUGA